UCCGGACUCCAGGGCGGUCGGGCGGGGGAAGCGGUAACCAGGGGCCACUUGCGGCGGUUACCGCAGCCGCGCUGCGCCUUUUCCUCUGGAUGCCGGGCGGUGCGGGUGGGUGCCAGGCAGCGGCUCCUUCUCAACCUCGACCCGGCCUUACCGUCCCCUGGACAAUGGAGGCGCAGCAGGCACAAGGUCUGCUGGAAACACAGCCAUUGCACGAGACAGAUGAAGAAACAGUCACUGAUAUUGAUUUCACAAGCAUUAUUUCUGAAGAAGAGAAAGAAGAGUUAAAGAUUGAGCUAGCCAAGCUAGAGGAUGAAAUUUCAACUUUACGGCAAGUGUUAGCAGCCAAAGAAAAGCACCUGGCAGAAAUAAAACAAAAGCUUGGUAUCAACCUGAUGAAUGAGCUGAAACAGAACUUUAGCAAAAGCUGGCACGACAUGCAGACGACUUCUGCUUAUAAGAAAACACACGAAACUCUGAGCCAUGCAGGACAGAAGGCAACAGCAGCUAUCAGCAAUGUAGGAACAGCCAUCAGCAAGAAAUUUGGAGAUAUGAGGUCACAUUCGACUGGUUACUCUAUUCGCCAUUCCAUAAGUAUGCCUGCUAUGAGGAAUUCUCCAACUUUCAAAUCGUUUGAGGAGAAGGUUGAGACCACUAUCACAAGCCUGAAGACAAAGGUUGGAGGGACAAGCCACAGUGGGGGGAGUUUUGAAGAAGUUCUCAGUUCUACUGCCCACGCCAGCACUCGGGGCUCUAUCACAGGCACUCCGCUUCCGGAGAACGACGAGGAGGAACUUCAGUGUUAGACUGUAGCCCCUUGUGGCCAGCUGUAUCCUACCUGGUGAGACUUAGCCCCAUAGUUUUUUCUAUGCUUCCUUUCUACAGCCAGCUUGAGACAUAUGGCUUUGUAACCUCUUGAAAACGGCCUUACCCAUGUGAUACUGUGGUCAUUCUUCCAAAUGUAUUGGUAUUUUUACCAUUAAGCAUUUUUAUACUCCAUAGAAAUUGCACACACCAUCAUUUCUUAAUGUUCCAAUUUCUAUAAUGUAACCAAACAGUUCUUGCUUUAUGGUAUUUUUCUCUCCACUGGUCCAGUUGUUAAUUUCUUUGAUUAUUUAUUUAUUUAAUUAAAGGACUGAAUGUGUUUUUAGUAUGCAUGUUUCCACUGAUGAUGUAACCCCUCUCAGUGACACAACAGACAGAUGGGUCUAGGACUGUGUAAGGAUUUCUGUUGCCAGCAAUAGCCUGUCCACCAGCUGUCCACCAAAUUAUACUAUGCUCUUUACUGAGAAGAAUACAAACAUGACCUGAGCUGCUUAAGGAGUCAAACAGAAUCAUUUCUUGUUAUACUGGAGCCUCUAUUCCUUUUUCACUUCCGCAGUCUGUCUUUGAAUUUCCUCUCCUAAAGAGGAACCCAAUUAUUCAGAUGCAGACUAAGUUGAUCACAGUUACUGUCCCAGAGCAGGAAACGCUACAGUUGAAAAACAUGUUCUGUUACUUGCUGUUUGAUAGACUUUUGAUGCUGGGAACCAAUUUCAGUAUUAAACCAAAAACACAAACUACCUGUUUGCCUCCAUACCAUCUCACUGGAUGAGUAUGUGCUUCAGACUGGGCCAAAUUAUCCUGGGUUACUGAACUUCAGGGCAUAAUUCAGAUCCUUGAAUGUUAAUUGCUUAAUCUCCAAGAAACCACAAUCAUCUCUUGGAUUAGAUGCAGCAUGAUUUGUUGCAUUAUUUUAAGAGAAGGAACAGUAAGGUUAUUAUAGUAUUGUCUGCCAGCCAGCCAUUGGUGGCAGCAAAAGAAAACUUUGUCUAAUCUGCAGCCUGGUUCCCCAGACUGAGAUGAGCACAAGCCUAUCAAGUAUGAACAUGAAUGUGGGGGAGGGGAGAGAGGAAUUUAGCCUGCUUUUAAAAUAGGCCUCUUUAAUUUCAUCAUACUGGAAAGCUUCAAAUCAACUUUAGCCAUUCUGUAUCCUAGGCUUUGCUAAAAGCUUGUCAGGAAAAUCCUGUAUCAAAAUGGUUUUUACAGGUGUUCUGUUUUUUUUGUUGUGUUUUUAAUUUCUUACACUUAAAAUUCUCCCAUGUGACAAGUUGAUUCUGAACGCAUCUCAAAUGCCUCUUUAAUGUGAUUUAAUUUGCUUUUUGUGUAACACAUUAAAAAAAUUGUGACAAAUGGCAA